AUGUCCGAAGCCCUAUUCGAGAUCUACGGGAAUGGAUCUACCCGAUUUCUAUAUCCCAGAUAUCCGCAUCAGAUCUACAUCGAUGUACGGAGUAGAUUCAUCCUAGGUUCUACUCCUCCGGGGCUGACUUCACUUAUUCUUCACUUUUUAUCUUUCAUAUCCACUGAUAUUCAAGUUGAUCUAAGAUCAGGAAAGGAGAAAAGCAAACAGGAGAUCGAUCCUUCUGUGUUGUUUGGGCUCCUAUUUGUGCUCAAAUCAUAAUUCGCACAAUCAUGGCUCAUAUGACGGUCAUCGUACGCAUGCAGCAACGCCAUGAAGGCCGGACUUACGUUCGAUGCAGGCACAUAUAUAGCCUUGAUUUGUCAAAACGGCUCAGGGACUUCUCAGCGUUUUGGGAGUUCGCGAGUUCAGAAUAGAUCUUGUGACAUACGCUACCGUGUAUAAAGAUUUGGCACAGGGGCCCAGACUUGUGGCGGAAAGGUAAUCAGCUAAAAUGAACUUGUUGUGAGAUUUUCUAUGGUCCACCGCCCGAAAGCGUCCUAAUCUUACCUGUGCAAUGAAAGACUGGCUUUAGAGUUUGUUCAAUUGAUUGCCACAUAAUGUCGACUUCCGUGUGGCAUUGCCUAGCAAGAGGCUAUAGUCAAGCACAAAGCAGCAACCAGGAACUGCCCAAUAAUUAAACUUAGGAAUCCCCCGGCCAAAGCAGAAUCUGAGUAUACGCAAAAAGGUGUACGUUGAAGAAUCUAGCUUAAAAGCGGACAACUCGACUUUGGGCGGUGAAACUCUGGGCAUAUUGAAGCUCUACAACCACUCAGUGAUGAAGCAAUCCCCUCUAUGCUUUUAGUUGGGGCACACCUUGGAGACGCGAAGAGUCACCUGGGCUAGGAAGCAUUGCCCUUUGGGAAAAAUUUACAGAGUAGCUUUGCUGACGGGGUUCAAGAGGUACCUAAAAAAAGAAACCCGUGGCGCAUUAGAGUUUUCCUCCAAAUUGCGAUUUCAUCCCUCUCACCUCGAAAAUUUAACUUGCCCAUCUACACGCCCCUUGGCGCGAGUCCUUAGAGGAUCUCCUUGCUGGGCGGCGGUAUCAACCUCCCCUGGAGAACAUUACGCUCCCUACCAGGCAAAUCCCUCGGAGAAAUGGAACGUGAUGUCCAGGAAUCAGCUAAGACUAGCUAGACAUAGCGGCUGCAGCCAGCAGCAGAGGAUAAGGAUGUUGUCGUUCCUAGGUACGAUGAAGUGAGCGUCGGCGUUGACCAGCGACACGCUCCACACACA